CUUUGUUGGUGUUUGCAAAUGAGGUCGCGAGCGAGCGCGCGCUUCUGCGCGUGUUUGCCGUCUGUCAGAUGUUCGUGACGUCACGUCUGGAGUCGCGGGGUGAAAUGUAACUUUACUCUCUCCAUCAUCUACAUGUGCGCGAGACUUCAGAGCAACACCAAACCCAGCAUGGGAUUAUUAAACGCAGCGGGAAGUCGACAAAGUCCGAGAAGAAACGACAUCAAAGGCUCGGUCUAACCAACUUCUGAGAGGGAAAGGGACGUUUUGGACCGUGUGUUCCGGGUUUUCGAGCUGACACCAUCUCCUUUUGUCAAGCAAAGUAACGCUUGUAGAAAGUUGGGAGUGUUGUAGCGUUUGCGCACGCAUGGACUUGUUUGUUUUUGUAAAUAAAUAGGAAGUAGAGCUGAGGUCUCUAAUGCAAUGAGUACUAACUACAGAGAGGAGCUGGACUUCAGACUGAUGUUCGGGGAGAGCAGCUGCACUCAUCCGUCCCCCCUGGGACUCUCAGACUCCAGAUCGGAUGAUGAUGCCAGCUGCUACCCUCUCUUUCCUCCUGGACCUCACCAUCCCACAGAACAGCAGGAGAGCUGUCCAAACCCAUCUUAUUGCACCCCUCACCCUGGUCCCCUCCAACCCAUGGAGUCUCCCAGCUGGGUAUUUGACUGUCCUAGCAUCCAAAUCACCUCUAUCCCAGCCAACUGCCACCAGGACCUGGGCGCGCACCAGUUGGACCAGUCUGCAGGAGCUUGUGGAGAAGCUGGUGCUGGGUCUCUAUCAAGGGACCAGCUCUUCCUGCCACUGGAUGCAUCGUACAGGGACACGUCCUCACUGUGUCCCAGCCCCUGCAGUAGUUUGUCGUCCCGCAGCUGGUUGUCUGACGCCUCGUCCUGCGAAUCCUUCUCGCACAUCUACGAUGACGUGGAGGCGGAGUUGAAUGAGGCAGCCGCUCAAGUUCGGCUGGCGUCUCCUCUAGUGUCGCCGCUGUCGUCUCCUCUGCCGUCCCCAUUUACUUCUCCCCAGGCGUCUCCUCAAGUGUCUCCGCUUGUGUCUCCCUUUGGUUCUCCUCUGGCUACAUAUGGAGAUGAUCCUUGGUACCGCUACCAACAACAUCAUCAGCAACCUCUACAAUAUCAUUGUGGCCAGUCGCUGUAUCAGUCGCCUCGCACCAGCGUCACUGACGAAACAUGGCUCAAUCCCCGUCCACACUCCUCCUCCUCACGACCUUCUUCUCGCCCAACCUCUCCAUGUGGAAAAAGACGGCAUUCCAGUGCAGAAUUCAUUCCUGGUUCUGCAUCUCCUCACCUUUCCCCCAACAUAACACCAUCUCAUUCUCCUCGGGGGAGUGUCACUGAGGAGACAUGGAUGGGAGGAGCCUCAUUUGCACCCUACCAGACCUUCCCAUUAGAGUUAGACAUCCCAUCCAAAACUAGAAGAACGUAUCAGGCCAACCACAACCAGGAUCAAGUGGCUCUGUUGACUGGACAAGAGGACUCAAGUCUUCAAGACCCAGGUCUUGCAAAUCCAUCGCUGAACUCAGGCGUAACCAUGUCCCUCCCCAGUUUAAAGAAAGAGGAUAUAGUGGAACAUUUCUUAGCCGUCCCAACACAGUUCCCUUGGGUUAAACCCAAACAAGUCAGCACCCCUUUAUACAGGUCCACAUCUUUACCUCCUCUGGACUGCCCUCUGCCCAGUCAGUGUGGCCAGUGUGAGUUAAAGAUGGAGAUCCAACCUAAACCUCAACACAGAGCCCAUUAUGAGACGGAGGGCAGUCGAGGGGCCAUUAAAUCAGACUGCGGAAGACACCCUGUAGUUAAGCUGAUAGGUUAUAAUGAAAAACCCGUCAGCCUGCAGAUGUUCAUCGGGACAGCAGAUGAGCGUUACAUCAGGCCACACCCAUUCUACCAAGUGCACAGGAUUACUGGGAAAACCGUCGCGACGCCGAGUCAAGAGACUGUCAUAUCCAGCACCAAAGUUCUCGAAAUCCCUCUCCUGCCUGAAAACAAUAUGUGCACCAGCAUUGACUGUGCUGGGAUCCUGAAGCUACGGAAUUCAGACAUCGAGCUGCGCAAAGGCGAGACUGAUAUCGGGCGUAAAAACACCCGUGUGCGUGCUGUGUUCCGUGUCCAUAUCCCUCAACACAAUGGAAAAGUGCUGUCACUGCAGGUGGCGUCCACACCUAUAGAAUGCUCUCAACGAUUAGCUCAGGAACUUCCCCAAAUCGAGAGCUUUAGUCCCGCCUGUGGAUCUGUGAAUGGAGGAGAAGAGAUGCUUAUAACAGGCCAAAACAUCAAUCCAGAGUCAACCGUUGUCUUCCUAGAAAAGGGCUCUGAUGGUAAAACGCAAUGGGAGGUCAAUGUGAGGGCUUUACCAGAAAAGAGUCAACAUGUAAACACAACAAGCUUAGUGGUAAAGAUUCCUCCAUACUACAAGAAAACCAGGGCUUCCUCCACCCAGGUGCAGUUCUAUGUGAGCAAUGGCAAGAGGAAGAGAAGUGCCUCACAGUUCUUCACCUAUCUUUCAGGUAACUGCCAGCCAACAGCAAGAGGUAUUCUGGCAGUGCAGGUGAAGCAGGAGUUUGGCAUAAGGACGGACCUUGGAGGGCAGCAUCCUUCCUCCCCAGCAGGUCUGAUCACCACCAGAGACCCGUGUGCUUCAGAUGAGGUCCAGCCUCUUGAGCAGUGGCUGCUGUCCGAAGGGAUAGUUGGUGAUCCAUCUUCCAUCGAUCUCAGUUACUCACCUCAGGAUCCUUUCUAUCUGAGCCGCUCUCAUCCAGCAGAAAGAAGCCUUAAUGCCGAAGCAGAUCUUCACCCUAUGUUUCUCUCCUCGUUGGUGGAUUUCAACAACCCCUUCUUCCAAAAACCUCAACAGGAUCUGUCCUACAAAGAACAACCUAGUCUUCCAAUGGUUGGUGGCUCACUGCAAGGCUGCAGGUCAUCCCAAAUCUUAGCAGAGCAACCAAGGUCUCAACUAGGCAAAGGAUACCAAGGCAUACCUACAGAGCACAGCCAAAAUCUCCACAACCUUGGCCCUAUCUCAGUGUCCAACACAUCUGGUCUGCACACUGUGGAUCCGGUGCAAUUCCCACAGUCUUCAUCUUCCCAGAGGCUUCCUCUUCCCCAUCAGCCUACUCUUCCCAAAGUGCCUUCUAACUCACCGUCUGUCGGACAGAGUUUGAUGGACCCUCAAUCUUCAGGUGCAUCUCUUCAGGAGUCCAGCACAAGUUUCAGUAUGUCACAAGAUGAUGAACUCCUUAACAUUAAACCGGAACCAGAGGAAGAGAAAGAGCUAGGCUUUCGGUCCAUAGGUCUACAGGAUAUCACUCUUGAUGAUGUAAGUGAAAUCAUUGUAAGAGACUUGUUUGAGACUCCAGAUUCAGAGAGUGCCGACAGUCUGCAGUAACUCCCCUCAUGGACCAAGUGUCCCACCGUUAGAAGAUCAAUACAAACUAUGCAUUUUUAACAGGACUUCAGUACAGCUGCUGAACUGAUCGUCAGAGAAUUGGAUGGACAUCUCAUUCUGUUUUGCUCGCAGCAUCUCGCUUUACUGCACAUGUAGAAAUUAUUUUCUAUAAGCCACCAUGUACACAAAGUUCUCAGCCUAAUAGAGAAUGCAUUCAAUCAAGGAAAUUAUUUUUUUUCCUCUAAACUGAGCAUAUCAAAUGUGAAUGUAAAAUAUGGACCAGUCAAUGUGUGUGCCUUAACCAGACCGGCCUUCUUAUUGUUCUUUUGGAAGAAAAAAAAAUGUCUUUAGUUUUCUCAUUUUGAUUGUAAAUGUAAAAUCUAUUUUUGAAAUUAUGAUAAUCAUAGGAAGCUUGGAAUAAAUUAUUAAAAUAUGCAUCAUUGAGCAUAUAAAGCACAAUCUCAUGUUUGAUCUGUUGAUUGUUCACUGUAACUGUUAGCAUUUCAGUAGAUACAUUUCUCAUACUUUUACCAUUGCUUGAUAGUCUUUUGAAAUGUCUUUGUAUUUAUGAAUUUUUACUGAACAUAAAAGGCAUUUUGUGACAAUCUU